CUCAGCAGGUGAUUGGCUCGGCUAGGGGAGGAGAAGCUCUAGGCCGGGUGAAGGAGAGAGAAAAGGACAGUGCCAUUCCCAGAGUCCCUUCAGCAAUGGCUCUGCCUCUUAAGGUCUUGAGUCGGGGCUUGGCCAGCGCAGCCAAAGGAGACCAUGGAGGGGCAGGAGCCAACACCUGGCGCCUCCUGACCUUUGUGCUGGCUCUCCCCAGCGUGGCCCUCUGCACCUUCAACUGCUGGAUGCACGCCGGCCACCGCGAGCGCCCGGAGUUCAUCGCUUAUCAUCACCUCCGCAUCCGCACCAAGCCUUUCUCCUGGGGAGAUGGUAACCAUACACUUUUCCACAAUCCCCAUGUCAAUCCUUUGCCCACCGGCUACGAGCACCCUUGAAGUCUCAGCAGGCCCGUGUUUCCAUGGUUUCCAGAUUGACCUUAUGCGUCCUCUAUGAGAGCCCCUGAGGUCCCAGUCGAAAGUCCCAAGCGCAAUAAAGGUGUGGAACCCUUUGUGUCCUCAGGCUCUUUGGGAACGGCAUGGCAGAGGGGCUGGGCAGGCUCUGGAAGGGCAGUUGGUAUCUGGGUUCAAAUUCUUCCACUCAAGGAAAAUGGGAUAUUUCCCCCUGCGUUUUCGUUUUAUUUAAAACAUUUCAUAGAAACAAUACAUGGCAUAUUUAGCAUA